AAAGAGCGUAUAAAGAAGGCUUUGACAUGAAUUGGACUAAUACGAUUCGCGCACCGACGAAAUAAGAGCCGGAAUCAUGAGGAAAUAUCAGAUUUACGUGAUUUGUUUUGUUGUUUUGGCUUUUGCCGCUGCCACAGCUACAAGAGUUUGCAGCAACAGAAAUAUCUUGUGCUCUGUGGUUAGAUCAACUAGUUGUUCAAAGAAAAUCGUUUCCAGUCAUUGCCCAAGGCUUUGCAACACAUGUGGAGCAAAAUGUCGAAACAUAAAGGCGUCAAUGCGCGUUGAUUGUGGCUACCAUGGAAUUAGUCCGUUGGAUUGCUUGAGAAAGGGAUGUUGUUAUGGCGAAUUAAAGGUGGCUGGCCCGUGGUGUUAUCAUCGAAAAGCAAACUGUCCCAUGAUUGAAGCAAACAAACGUGAAGAUUGUGGUUACCCUGGGAUAAGCAAAUCAGAUUGCGUCAAAAAAGGAUGCUGUUACAACGCGAUCAAGGAAAAGGGACCGUGGUGUUAUUACAGGCAAGAAAAAUGCCGGAAAAUAGCAGCAACAAGACGUCAUGAUUGUGGUUAUCCAGGCAUAACGAAGCGGGCAUGCGAGAAGAAAGGCUGUUGUUAUAGUGAAUUGCUAAACCAAAGUGGACCGUGGUGCUACCACCGCCUAGAAAAAUGUCUGCGCAAGGCAACAGAACGUGACGACUGCGGCUAUCCUGGUAUAACAGAAUUCGAAUGCAUGAAAAGAGGUUGCUGCUAUAAUUCAUUGCCCGGUCGUGGGCCAUGGUGUUAUUACCGAUGAGAUACGAGGACCUUCGGAAGAUUAUAUGCGAACUUUAGUGUACUCAUUGUUGUAAAAAUAUGUUGUCAAAUAAAUACCUCUAAUAUAUGAACUUUUCCUUCCCAAU